UAAAUCGAUUUUUCCAGGGCAUCGGGAUAAUUUGCAUGGCCUGCGCAUCCCCGGCUUACGUUGGGGCGACAUAUUGGUUUCUCUUCGUGGCAGUCACCGCCUUCAUCGCUAGUCUCAUCUGGACCUUCAUCUAUCUUCUUUCCAUCCGCGAGGCCCUCAAGUUGCCCAUCAACUGGCUCCUCACGGAGCUGCUAAACACCGCCUUGGAAGCUGCUCUGUAUCUGACGGCUUUCGUCGCUCAGCUCUCCUUCUGGGUUGGCCAUGGCAGUGCCUUCAGGAGUGCUGCGAACAUAGCGGCUGGGAUCUUCGGAAUCUUCAACACCUUCGCCUACGCAGCCGGCGCGUACUUCAUCUACCUCGUGUGGAAGAACAGCAGCAACCACUGAGAGGACCAGGUCCUGAAGAAGAGCAUGUGUGUCGCGACAGCAGCAUCAGGACCCAGGCCGAGUCCUGGAGGAAGUUCCCGAUGUGGUCUCCCGAUUUUCCCGCGGAAUGGACACAUCGCGCAAAGCUGGUCCCAAACUCGAAAGGACCACGGAGCACCAACUUCGCAGCAUAACACUUCGAAAUCGUCAUAUCCACACGCUUUAACGCAUAAUCCUCGUCGUCCCUGAGUCGAAAUUCUGAUCCUUAUAGCGUCCAAUCGUAGGCCUUAAAUGGACUUGGGGAUGAUACAAAGAACGUUAACUCUUCUGUACAAUUGAGGUCCUACUUUAAACCUUGAAAGUGGCAGACAUUUCCAUUUCUUCCACUUGUAGACCUAAAGUAACGCAUUCAUUUGUAUCGAGCAGGACGUACAUGGUUCAAAGUGGGAUUUAAAGAGGGAAAUAGGAGCAAAAAAGGACUUACUUAGGUUCAAGAUAAGGUCAAAAUUUCGACUUUGGUCGUCCCGUUGCGGAUGGCGGUCUAAAUAAGGUCCCUUCUUCAUCCGAUGACCAUCCUUCCGGGUCGAAUCCCCGUUUUUCCUGUUGAAACGAAGGCAGAAUCAGCGCGACCGUUUCCGAUAACACGCCGUUGUAUUUAAUUGUACCAUAAUGUUUGUUAAGGAAUGGACCUCGGCCCGGUCACCUCCGAGGAGCUCUUUGCUGAUCGGUCUCUCUCGGUACCGAUUUAACGUGCACUCUCUAAGGGGAUCUAAAAGUGGCAUCCGAACGCUCAAUCGUUCAUUAAACUUUACAACGUGAACAUAGAGGCUAUAAGGAAGGUCUUGACACUCAUGAAAUUUCAAUUUUUAUAA